GUGCCUUCUUGAUCAGAGGGACCAGGGAACACCGGGAGCGAUCGGAAACUUGGGGUCCCUCCCGCUUUCUGAGAAGAUAGCUAUUGCAGGGUCUUGGGGGCCGUUUCUCUCGACAUACGCCUCACACACAUAUCCAGGUAGAAAAGUGGGGCCUUUCACAAAUUCUGCUCUUCAAGUUGAGAUUUGAACCCAGGGCUCAAGGUGGAUUUGUGGACAUGAUGUAAAUCUACUUUUAGGCAGAGGAGCCUGCAAAACAGAUGUGCCGCAGAAUGUGUGUUUGGAUGCACUUCAGUCCAUGCGAGUAAAUGGUCAUUUGAAGCAAUGGAAAGACCUGGGGAAGAACUCUCUGAAAGUUCCCAUGCGGAGGACAAGGAAGAGGAUGGAGCAGCCUCAGGCAUGUCUUCUUCUCUCUGCUUGAAUGAUGUGGGAAACAUGCAGGUGGAGAUGCUGGAGAAGGCCAGGGAGCUCUUCAGGCUGUGUGACAAGGAGGAGAAGGGCUUUAUCACCAAGCUGGACAUGCAGCGGCUACAAAGUGAACUUCCUCUCACUCCUGAACAACUAGAAUCUGUUUUUGACAGCCUAGAGCAAGACAAUAAUGGGUAUCUCACACCAGUCGAAUUCAGUAUGGGACUAGGCAAGUUCAUAGGGAUUGAGCAGUAUGAGAGCUCUGGAAGCACCAGGCAUGAGGAGACUUUUGAGUCAGGCUGGUCAGAUGACUUGGACCAGGAAGAGGAAGAGAAGAGGUUUUGCUCCAUGUUGGAGCAGCUUGAAGCAUCCCAGGUCUUUGAAGAUCAGAAUGAGGUUCAGGAGCUCUGGGCUCAACUCCGGAAAGAAAAGCCAGAACUCCUGACCAGUUUUGAAGAAUUUCUCUUCCACAUUUCCUCAUAUGUCAGGGACAUACAUCACGAGAAGGAAUCCGUUGAGCAGGCAUUGAAACGGAGGGAGGUAGACCAUGACCGUGAAAUCAGAUGCCUUUAUGAAGAAAUGGAGCAACAAAUCAAAGCAGAAAGGGAACGGCUGCUGAGCCAGGGAUCAAUGAAGCAUGAGAAGAGCAGCUUGCUUCAGAAAGAGCUGCAGAGCAAAGAACAAGAAUUUGAGAAGAUGCUAUACCACCAGAAAAAGCUGGAACAUCAGUUACAGUCCCAGAGCUCAGAGCAGCUGGAAAUGCGGGUGCAAAAUGAGAGGCUGAAAAUCUUGAACGACAAUCUCCUGGACCAACUGGAGAGAAGCAAAUGGGAGCUGGAGGUAGCCCGAGGUCACCUGCAACAGCUGCAGAAAGAAGCCCAGCUAGAGCAGGAACAGAAAAACAGGGAUGUAUUCAGAGUCUCUAAGAAUAUGCAGAAAGAAAAGAAAAGCCUCCUGCGACAACUGGAACUGCUCAGGGAGAUGAACAAGAAGCUGCGAGACGAGAGAGAUGCCUUUGAAGCCAAGAAGCUGGUUAGUCUGAGAAAGAAAAUUCUAAUCCCCCGUCGCCUCCCCUUUGCAGCCUGCUGCUGCUGCCAUCACUUGGGGUCAUUUCAUUUACAGGGGGGGCAUUAACUGAGAAACCCUGUAGUGCCUGCACGUGAACUUCUUAUUAUUUUUUGGGUAUCUCUAACCUUAAGAGAGAGCUGCACAUUUUUAAACCAGGCAAUUACAAAUGGGGCAAUAAGGACUGCUGGCUCCUGACUCUACAGGAAAGCGUCUACAGUUGGGUGUCCCUCCGACAUGGAGAGGGAAAGAAUCUUUUGCACAUAUUGAACUUUGUACACUAAGGCUUCCAUUCAGAGGAACCAUAGCUGAACCUCCAUGUUUUAAGGCUGAGCCAUUGCCAUCUAGCUUGGAGAACACCCAGUUACAUUCUUUCUCUUCCCACCACCACCAUUCUGCAGGGUAGUCUGGAAUUCUUCUCUGGAACCGCCUUGCCUCAUUCCAGUCUAUAGUUCCUCUGCUAUAUCACCUUGUGCCUAUAUCCUUCUAGGCUUCCAUUGUCAUGCAGACCACAAUUAAGAGACUGAAAACAAUGUCUUUUUGUCUGUUUCUGCCUCUUACUUUGGCCUGCUCCUGGAAUGGGCCUUUUCCAUCCCUGGGCAGUUUGUUUUUGGAAGGAGAGAUGGAAUGUCCACGAAACAUACCACUUAGUAGAUUUGAUCGUAGAGUAGCGAGGCAGACAACCAAAAUGUGAAGAUGAGCCAAAAGAAGACAUUUUUGUUUCCACUGUGACACUCUUGCUGCUGAUUUCCCUGCUGCACAAAUGCAGGGCAGGAAUGAAGUAUAAAGAGAAAGCACGCCGAUCAACUAGCCUUUUGUGUUGUAUAAGCAUAGGGUGCAGGAAUGUUUUUAUUGAAGCUGCUAUGUAUGUUUUUGUGUAAAAAGGAGAGGGAAGUGCAAACAUCUGUGCACCUGGCUGUCCAUGGGUGGCCCAUCCUGUUUCGCCAUUUGAGGGUGAAACAAGGAGGUGUCCCCCCCCCCCACACACACUGCUGCUGCCUCCCCACUGAAGCCUUGCUUACCUAGGAGUGGAGAGAGACCAGCUGCAAAGCUGAGCAAGUGUGAGCUGUUCUACAAAGCUUUGCUGCAGGCCUCUCCCCUCCCACUCGCCUAGAAGAGAGCAUUCCAGCUGCAGUGGAAGUGGUGGGGCAGCCGGAGAGCCGGUGGGACACGCCUCUUGUUUUUCCACCACCAGAGGUGGCUUCUUUACCUUGCCUUAUGAAUGGGCUGGCCCUCUGGCUUUCCCACAACUCAUCUUUGUGAUUACUAGGCCUGUGGCUGCAUCUCCAGAUAAAUCUGGGGGCAUGUGAUCUCCAUAGUCUCAAUGAGAUCAUUAAAUGCAGCAUAAGCAACAGGGAGAAACUGUCUUCUGCAGUUGCAAUUCAGAGAGAGCAAUGCAGUGAGUUCUCAGAUCUCAUUUGGCACUUUAAUGGCUUUUUUGAAGAGCAUCCCUUUCAUGCUGCACCAUGGGAUACGUUUUAGAACUCUUGAGGAGGGUCACAUUGAAAGCAAUUUACAGUAUGACAUGGAGGGAAGUGGAGAGACUUCAUAUGGACAUAAAUUGCUUUUUCUUCACAUGUCAAAGUAGCUGCUGGAUUGUCCCUUUGACAGUCUGCUAUCUCUGUUCUCCAGUGGAAUAUGGGCUCCAGGCAAGCUACAGUGGCUUUUGUUGUCCGAUCCUCUUUGAAAAGUAAAUAUUAAUGAGAUGGAGCUUCUGUUGGAUGCUGGGAAGAAAGGCACCCACCACUCUUCAUGCAGAUUGCAUCUGAUGUGGGAAUUCAAAAGGACCAAGCUUUUGAUCUGCAUACAGUCAUUCUGCAGAUUUAAUCUGCAGGCUGAUCUAGUGCUGAAACAAAUAAUAUAGCACUGUGGACUGUGCUUACAGAAAGGCAGGUUGCAUGGUUUAGAGUUAGCACAUCAGACUUUUGAAGUAAAAUGUAAACCUUCAGUUAAUGGAAAAAAGGAUCCUUAUUUGUUUGUAUUUUUUUAAACACCCCCCCUUUUUUCUGAACCUCAGUCUUGUAUCAAGAUGUACCAACAACAGCUACGCUGGAGGGACUGGAAUGAAGGAAGUUGAGUUCUAAUUUUUCUAGUGGAAAAAAUAUGUUGCGUUAUGUUCCUGUCAACUAUAUAUGCACACAGCGCCACACACACACACACACCUGCUCAUGCUAACUGCAAUUUGCAGCAAUCUUUCCAUUGCAAGAGUGUGCACUAGAAUAGGAAAAAAAAAGAUAUCUAUUUGCCUUAGUUUUAAAAAAAGUAUGGUGUUUCUAGACAGCUUUUUCUACCAUCAAAGAGAAUUACCAAGGAGAAAAUAUGUCUGCUGAUGCAGCAGCAACUUCCUGUCUUGAAGCCUCUUGAUGACGGGUCCUUCGUAUAUUUCUCUUUUGUCCAGGACUGCAAUGCUUGUGUCUGUUUGUUGGAUCUAUUUGUUUGUUUCUUUAUCAAAGCAGACAACAGCAGCUGGUGCCUCUUUUGAAUCUACUUAAAGAGUAUCCGCUGGCUGUUGCUUUUCUAAGAUAGAGAAGAGCACAAAUGCCAGUGCACACUUGGGGUGUACUGACAUAAUGUAGAUCUGGUGAGGUUUUUGGUUUUCAAGCCUGAAUGGCCUUCCUAGCCUGAUGUUUCUGUUGCCAUUAGAUUUGCAACUGUACUGUUUUUUAGCUAGAUAUUCCUGGUUGGUAGUCAGUACCAGUCUUCAUUCACUGUGACAUAAUGAUGGACCAAUCAGGUUGCCAGAGUUUAACAGUGCAUCAUUCUGUAGGGGUGAUAUCUGGCUUGUUCUUGCCUGCAGGUUUAUGACAGUUUGCCAGUGCUGCAAGACAUAUUUCCAAGUCUGCUUCAGCAUAUAACAGGGAGACCUAGCAAUAGUGAAGUAUUAAAAUCUUCUAAAUACGCCAAGACUGUUUACGCAUAAAUGCCAGCACUGGAAAUCAUUUGGCACUGUGAGGGUGAAGGCCAAACUAGAUGGAACAUGGGAGAGAUCUGAUCGGACUUCCUGUUCCAUGUACAUUUAAAUGGGAGGAAGUGGCCUGCUGGAUGGUUUCUGCCAAAAUCUUUAAUGCUUCAGCCAGCACAGUACAUAGGCAAGACAAGAGUUAAAAGGCACAGCGGUUGCCUUGCAUGGCGAAGUGCAGCUAAGACAUUGAUCCAGCCAGUGAUUUGCCCCCUGCCUCAUCCUUUUGAAGAGACUGGAAUGGGCGCAUCUGAGUUCUCAGAUUGGACCAAGCAAUCAGGCACUCCAUUUGCUCACGGAUGCUUCUAAAAGCAUUUCAAAAGAGUUUUACUCUAGUAAGGCCCUGAGAUACUGUGCAAAACUAGAAGAGUUGAAUCACAGUGUGGAAAUUCUGCUGAUAACCUUUAAAAGUUCCAAGGCUGCAGAGGCCUACUCAGGUCCUUGCAUCUUCUUUUCCUCUGCCAAUCCCUUCAGGUCUCCAGUUGUUCAUUAAUCCAGGUUACCACCCUAAACAUUCUGAAGUUAAUUUUGAAAUUGUUAUUUGAAAACAUAGUGCCUUGAGCUUGUGCAUUUUGUACUGUGCCUGGUUGUACCGCUGUGUGUUAUGAAUCAAAACUGAGUUUCCCCAAGUCCAUGUAUCCACAAGUUUUAGAGGGAGUUGCAUGCCAUGUACAAUCUUGUCCUUUGUGUGUCCUUUAAUGAGAAACCUGCUUGCACCUUCCAGAAGGCUAGGAGCAGGUACAACCCAUUCAUUCAUGUGUCUAGUUACAGUAUAUGUGUCUUCGGUAUGUGUUUACGACAAAUAUUGUGAUGGCAAAAUACUGCAGAAUUCAUGCUGUUGUUGGAAUGUGAGCCUGUGAUCCAGACUUCCAUAAUAAAAUGCCAUGCACCCUG